AUGGAGGAAUCAAGUAUUGGAGGAAAUUCACCAAGAGUUGAAAAAAAAAGAAAAACAAGAAUUAAUAAGGGAGAACAGAGAGAUAAAACAAAAGUUCGAGGAUUUAAAAAAAAAGAAAUUGCAAUAUUUAUGCAGAAUAUGACUAUACAAGGUUUGAAGGAUGCAAGAGGAAAUAAUAAAAUUUCUCACUAA